UCUUUCUUCAAAAAAAGAAAAAAAGAAGAAAAAAGAAAGAGCAUCUUUCUCUUAUUUCUCUCUUAUUUCUCUCUUUCUAUCUAACCCCAUUUCUUUUCUCUUUUUCCCUUUCUUCUUCUUCUUCUUCUUCUUCUUCUUCUACUCACAAAAACAGAAUUUAGAAAAGGAUUAUAAAUCAAAGCAAAAUGUCACUGGACAUGAUGGCUUCAGAACGUGUUUGUUAUGUUCACUGCAACUUCUGCAACACCAUUUUAGCGGUAAGUGUUCCAUGCAACAGCAUGUUCACAUUGGUGACUGUGAGAUGUGGGCAUUGUUCAAAUCUGCUUUCUGUAAACAUGGGAGCUUCUCUUCAAGUUGUUCCUCCUCAAGAUUCUCAACAGGGUCAUAAACAACAGCAGGUGAAUGCUGGGGAUUCAAGUAAGGACAGAGCUUCUUCUUCUUCUUCUACCAAAUCCACCAAAAUUGGUUCUCUUGAUUCUUCUGCAGAACGUGACCAACAUAGAAUCCCUCCUAUUCGCCCACCAGAGAAAAGACAACGUGUUCCAUCGGCAUAUAAUAGGUUCAUAAAAGAGGAAAUCCAAAGGAUUAAGGCUAAAAAUCCUGACAUAAGCCAUAGAGAAGCCUUUAGCACAGCAGCUAAAAAUUGGGCACAUUUUCCUCACAUCCACUUUGGGCUGAAAUUGGAUGGAAAUAAGCAAACAAAAUAAGAUUGAAUUUGACAAGAAAUCAUCAUAGUCCAUCUCAAAUCUCCAAUGGGUUUCUGCCACCUGUUAAUUCAAGAGAUGAUGACGUGUCAAUAGAUCAUAAAAUACUAAAUAAAACACCCUUUUUUUUAUUAAAAAAAUUGAUGUGUAUUAAUUUUUAGAAUGCUAUUAUUAUAUUAUUCCAACAAGCAAGCAAAAAAGAAAAAAAAGAGGUUUAUGAUCAAGUCCUCCUGCCUUGACCCCCCAAAAUUCUAUAGGAAAGGGAAAUUACUUUGACAACCUCACCCCCCUCAAUGUCCUUUUUAAUUAUUAAUAGGUGUGAUGUGAUUUCAUUCCCCCUUGGCUUUCUCUCCUUGUUAACAAGUGAGAUUAAACUAUAUAUAUAUAUAUAUAUGUUUAUAAAUCUUUUUUAUUAUUA